CGUGUGUGCGUGCGUGCGCGCUCGCGAGCGGAGUGAAGAUGGCGGAUGUUUGGAGUGGGGCGCUUCAUGAGAGCAGCUGAUAAAGAGAAACACAAACAAACAUCAGCGGAGAAGAAGAAGAGGAAGAGAGACGGACCGAGACCCCGGCAGACAGAUAAGUUGACGUCAUGUCCGGCUGCGCAGACGGCGAGCACAGCUGCGCGGUCGCCAUGGAGACGGAGGAGGUGCCGCCGGGCGCGCGCAGCCUGGACGAGCUCCCCGAGGAGGUGCUGGAGUACAUCCUGUCCUUCCUGUCACCCUACCAGGAGCACAAGACCGCUGCACUGGUCUGCAAGCAGUGGUACCGCCUCAUCAAAGGUGUGGCGUAUCAGUGUUAUCAUGGUUUCCUGAGGGCCGUUCAGGAGGGAAACAUCCAGUGGGAGAGUCGCACAUAUCCAUAUCCUGGAACACCGAUAACACAACGCUUCUCACACAGUGCGUGUUACUACGACUCGAAUCAGUCGAUGUAUGUGUUCGGCGGCUGCACUCAGAGCAGCUGUAACGCAGCGUUUAAUGAUCUGUGGCGUCUGGAUCUCAACAGUAAGGAGUGGAUCCGGCCGCUGGCGUCAGGCUCGUACCCGUCUCCUAAAGCCGGAGCGACGCUGGUGAUGUUCAGGGAUCUGCUGGUUCUGUUCGGCGGCUGGACGCGGCCCAGUCCAUACCCUCUGCAUCAGCCCGAGCGCUUCUUCGACGAGAUACACACCUACUCACCCUCCAAGAACUGGUGGAACUGCAUCGUGACGACUCACGGGCCGCCUCCGAUGGCGGGACACUCGUCCUCUGUGAUGGGCAGCACUAUGGUGGUGUUCGGAGGCUCUCUGGGCGCGCGGCAGAUGAGUAACGAGGUCUGGGUUCUGGAUCUGGAGCAGUGGUCCUGGUCCAAACCGGCCGUCAGUGGCCCGUCUCCUCACCCUCGCGGGGGACAGUCUCAGAUCGUGAUCGACAGCGAGACCCUGCUGAUUCUGGGAGGCUGCGGCGGGCCGAACGCUCUGCUGAAGGAUGCGUGGCUGCUGCACAUGAGCGCCUCCCCCUGGACGUGGCAGCAGCUGCGUGUGGAGAACGAGGAUCACGGUGCGCCGGAGCUCUGGUGUCAUCCGGCCUGCAAGUGUGGUCAGUGUGUGGUGGUGUUCUCUCAGGCUCCGUCGGGUCGAGCUCCUCUCAGUCCCAGUAUGAACUCUCGUCCCUCGCCCAUCAGCUCCACACCGGCUCCUCUGGGGCCGGACCCGCCCUCGCUGCGCUCUCAGUCUCCGGUGCGGGGCGGAGCGGCAGGUGUGGUGUUGGGCGCGGUCGAGGAGGCUCCCUGUGUGAACGGGCGCUGGGGGACCCUUCGGCCCCGAGCGUCGGCCCGAGCCUCGCCCUCACGGGGCCCCGACAGCCCACCGCUGCUCAACGGCUCCUCACCCUCCACCAGCCCGGCGUCUCCACCCACACGCCCACAGGUGGAGUACAGCUGGGACGACCUGCCCUCUUCUAACGGGCUGCACACGCCUCCGCUGGCCGGGUCACCGUGCACCCCUCCGGGCGCUGUUUCUCCCGCCGCCCUGCGCCGCGGUCUGGAGGCCGCCAAAGCUUCCUCCUCGCUGCCGUCCUCCUCCUCACUGUCCCAGCCGGGUGUGUCCACGCCUCCCGCCUCCUCCAGCCCCCCGCAGGCCUCCGACGGACCCCCCAUCCCACCCAUCGCCCGCCGCCUCGCCCACCACCCGCCGCAGAGCCUGAACGUGGGCAAGCCGCUCUACCAGUCGCUCAACUGCAAGCCCAUGCAGAUGUACGUGCUGGACAUCUCUCGUGCCAAGUCGGGCGGCGUGGUGUCGUGGCGGGCGUACGGGAGCGGAGGAGCACCCAGCGCGGUCACCGGGCCGCCCGAGACCAGCCUGCACACAGUGGUUCAGGGCCGCGGAGAGCUCAUCAUCUUCGGAGGCCUGAUGGACAAAAAGCAGAACGUGAAAUAUUACCCCAAAACCAACGCCUUGUACUUCGUCCGCGCCAAGAGGUGAUGGAGGAGCGCCGCCUGCUGCCGUACACUAACUUAGUCUAACACAACUCCACACGUAUACAGGACACUCAAACAUAGAUGUGCUUUCAGUUUCUGAGCGAGCGGAUGAUGCUUUAGUCCUGACAGAGAACUCUAGCAGGGAAUCUUUUAUUGUUUGGCACAUUUGACCCUCUGAAACGCUGAUCUGACAGAAGAAAACCGGCCACUGGAGGAGGAACUGAUGAAAUUGACCUUUUUUUACCACUCUUUCGGCCUGCAAUGUUUACAUUACGUGUGUGUGUGUGUGUGUGUGUGUGUGUGUGUGUGUGAGAGAGUGCUGUUGAGGGAAUGAGACUGUGGAUUGUAAACAGAAAUAAAGUUCUUCAUGUCUUAAUUCUCUGAUAUAAUGUCACGUGAUCUUUGACUAUAACAGAAUAAAGCUGUGUGGUCAUCUCCGUUCACACAAUUC